AUGGCGGCUUCCUCGGCCAAUUUUUUGGCAUCGUCAGCAAAUUCCACGAACUGUGGUGUAAUUGUGUGGGAAUGGUUUGAAAACAACGGUUCAUGGCAACCAUAUGAGUCUGAUGUCGUCGCUUUCAUCGAAGAUAAUUAUCUUAAGGGGGCUAGUGCUGCAAAUUUAGGGAAAAUCAACCCCAACUUGAGUCUGUACAAUGUAUUUUUUUCAUCGACGAUUUAUCAAAUUCGACUUGAUACUGGCAACAGAAGACACGUAAGAAGAAAAAUCUACCAAAUGACGAGCCCUGACCUAAAUAAAAUAACGUGGCAGUGGGCUGGUGAUUAUAUAGGACAGUGGAACUCGUAUAGUUUUGACGUAGCAUCGAUGAUAGAGUCGGUGUACGCAGGACAACAAACUAACUUCAUAGAUUUAAGCCAAACACAAUUCAAACUCCCGUAUUUUAUUGAUCUGAAGAAUUUCCAACAAGUAAGAAUAGAAACUGGAACAGCCAGAAGUAUUCGACGCGAAAAAUUAAACGUUCCAUUUCCGCUUUCUAAUGGAAACAAUGUUCCACCACCUCAGACUUUUCAACAAUCUGCGUUAAAUCCAACAAGUAUUUCCUCGUUACUUGGACAAUCUUCUCAAACCAGUUCUAGUACAAGUUUCCAACAAAUAUCGCAAGUUACUUCUGCUUCUGCCUUGUCGGCACACGCAUCUCAAGUUGCUUCUAGUUCUAAUUCAAUGCCUGUACAUUCACCACAAGUCGCUUCUAGUUCUAAUGCAAUGUCUGCACAUCAAUCCCAAGUGCAAGUGAGUUCCUCCAGUUUAGGAAAACAUCGACAGAACAGCGAUGAUUCCGAUGGUGGGAAUGUGGGGUCUGGUGGUAAAAUAGCCAAAAUUGUACAAGUUCCAACUUCCAACCAUUCUUAUGUACAAUCUUAUGUGAACAAUUUACCCUCUACUAGUGCUGCAUCAAACACAAUGCCUCAAAUAACACCAUAUUCCAAUCAUAUGAUGUAUGGCAACCAAAUGACUGGAUUAAUCACAUCUUCACCAUAUUUAAGUAGUCUUGGUCUCUCAAGUCCUAAUUUCAAUAUGACUGCUGGACCGUCUCAACAACCAUCUUCUGGACCGUUGACACGGCAACAAUUCCAACAAAUGAUGCAGAUGUCAAGUUUUGGUGGAAGUUUGAACAUGCCCAUGACCCCAGCCUCAACUGGGUUUUCAUUCACAAAUGGAAUCACAGCUCCUGGGUAA